AUGAAUGCUUAUACUGAGGUAUUUCAAGCAAACAACUUGGAUCUAGCAAAGCAAUUUUUGUCUGAGGAUUAUGAAAUUUCAGGAGAACUUUUUUGGUCCUUGCUAUUUUGGAAGAUGCCCGAAUUAUUUUUUUUAUCAGUUUGUAAAUCGACGCAAAUUUCAAGGGAAUUACUUUCUAAUUCGCUAAAUAAAAUGAUUUCAAAUGAUUUUGACAAUACAUUUGACUCAAUUAUAUUAAUUUUGGCAAAACUUAGUGAUUUAUUAGAGAUACAAGCUGUAAAGCCUAACGAAUCUUACUCUCCAAAUAUUGCUGUUCCAAAUCUACAAAAAAUUGUCUUUCUCUAUUCCACCAUUAUUUACACAAUAUUCCCAUAUAUUAAUGAAGAACUAUGUUCAAGAGAAUCCCAAAAAAUCCAACUUCUAUCAAUACUUAAUAAAACAAAAAAAACAAUAAGCAAUUUUAACCUGAUUUAUAAAGAUUUCGAUAGAAUAAUUAAAAAAGUUAGCCAAUUAAAUGAAAUCAAAUACGGACUACUUAAAGGGGUACUAAGUGGAAUUACAAACCAAAUUACACAGGUACCUAUAAUUCAACAAUUAACACUUGAAUAA